AUGUCCGUAACUGUUGGUAAGCUAAAGUUCUUAGAUUCGCAGCAGUUUAUGGCGGACUCCUUAGCAAACCUCGUAAAGUACAACACGGAGUUCCCCAUUUCCAGUCAAUACGGCGCAGAAAGGAAAGGAGUCUACCCAUAUGAAUACAUGGACUCCUGGGAGCGCUUUCAAGAAUCUUUGCCCAGCAAAGAUUGCUUCUACAGCACCCUAAACGAGUCCGGUAUAAAGGACGAGGAGUACCAGCAUGCGUUAGACGUGUGGGAAAAGUACUCCUGUGAGAACAUGGGGGAUUACCACGACAUUUACCUACGUUCAGACGUAGUGCUGCUCGCAGAUGUUUUCCAAAGCUUCAGAAAGAUGGCUAUGGAAUACUACGGAUUGGAUCCCGCUAAUUUCUACACAGCGCCCGGACUCAGCUGGAGUGCGCUGUUAAAGAAGACAAACGCGCAGUUGGAUUUGCUAACGGAAUACGAUAUGUACCGGUUUAUGGAAGACGGUAUCCGCGGCGGCGUUUGCGGACCCAGCAGACGUUAUGCCCGCGCAAACAAUCCUGCAGUUGAGUAUGACCCAGAGAAACCAACCACCUACAUCUUCUACUUAGACGCUAACAACCUUUACGGUUGGGCAAUGUCGCAGUACUUACCUGUACGCGACUUCGAAUGGGACGACGUGAAGCCGAUAGAAUUUUACCUAAGCGUAGACAAGGAAUCCGACAAGGGUUACGUGCUGGAGGUGGAUUUGGAGUACCCGGAGCAUCUGCACGACGAACACGACGAGUUUCCCUUAGCACCAGAAGCAAUAGAGAUACCCUUCCAACAGCUGUCACCGCUGCAAAAGCAAAUGUGCCCUGGUUACAAACCGUACAGGAAACUAACUAUGAACCUGAUGAGUAAAAAGAAGUAUGUCGUACAUUACCGCAACCUGCAGUUCUACGUACGCCACGGAAUGCGCGUAAAGAAGAUUCACCGCGUGUUGAAGUUCACGCAGGAACCAUGGAUGCGUUCCUACAUUGACUUUAACACACAGAAACGGACCGCAGCUAAGAAUGACUUCGAAAAGAAUUUAUUUAAACUAAUGAACAACAGCGUAUUUGGGAAGACGAUGGAGAACAUCCGCAAGCGCGUAAGCGUAAAAAUAGCAAGCACCAGAGAGGAAGCAGAAGCAUACGUGUCACAGCCUGGAUUCGUUAGAUACGUAGAGAUGCUGAACUUCUAUGUGAUUCACAUGAAGAAAGCGAACCUGCUCCUGAAUAAACCCGUAUACACGGGGUUUACAGUGUUAGACCUAUCGAAGCUGCUGAUGUAUGAGUUUUACUACGACAAAUUAAAGCCAAAGUACGGAGACCGCUGUCACCUUCUGUACACGGACACUGACUCUUUGAUACUAGAAGUGCAGACGGAAGACGUCUACCAGGAUUGCGUCGAAGACAUAGACGAGUACGACACCAGCGGUUACCCGAAGGAGCACUUCCUUUACAGCGCAAAGAACAAGAAGGUAAUAGGAAAGAUGAAAGACGAGAUGUUAGGAAAACCCAUAGUAGAGUACGUGGGUUUGAAGCCAAAGAUGUACAGUGUGCUAAAGCUGGACGGUGUAGAAAAGAAAGCCAAAGGCGUAAAAAAGUACGUGGUUAAGAAGGACAUUACGCACGAGUCCUACUUGAACGUAUUACGAACGCUCAAGGAACAGCGGCACAAGAUGAACAGCCUGCGCAGCUAUGGCCAUCAGAUACAUAACGUCACGCAGGAGAAGGUGUCACUGUCUGCAUUUGACGGUAAGCGAUGGAUGUGCGAUGACGGAGUGCACACGAUAGCAUUCGGACAUCACACAAUAAGCAGUUCUUCUUUGACGAAUCCGCGCGUGGGACCAUCGUGA